AAGAUGGCGGUGGCGUCGCCGGCGAAAUGGAGCCUUGGCCCCCGUCAUGUGGGCGCCGGCGGCAGCGCGCGGGCCGUGAGGAGUACGGAGGCGCGCCCCCGCUUCGUCGAGGGCUCCAUCGUCAGGAUCUUCAUGGAGAACUUUCUAACAUAUGACGUUUGUGAAGUACAUCCAGGACCCAAUCUGAACAUGAUUGUAGGUGCUAAUGGAACAGGAAAGUCAAGCAUUGUUUGUGCCAUCUGCCUGGGACUGGCUGGAAAACCUUCUUUCAUAGGCCGAGCUGAUAAGGUUGGUCUCUUUGUGAAGCAGGGGUGCCUGAAAGGUGUAGUAGAAAUUGAACUGUCCAAGGCACCUGACAAUAUCAUUAUCACACGUGAGAUUCAGGUGGUGAACAACACAUCAGCAUGGUUUAUCAACAGAAAGCCAGCAACCUUGAAAACGGUAGAAGAGCAGAUUGCAGCCUUAAACAUUCAGGUGGACAAUUUGUGCCAGUUUCUUCCUCAGGACAAAGUUGGAGAAUUUGCAAAACUGAGUAAGAUUGAGUUGCUUGAAGCCACUGAAAAAUCCAUCGGUCCUCCAGAAAUGUACCAAUAUCACUGUGAACUGAAAAACUUCAGAGAAAAAGAAAGAGAACUGGAGAACUUAUGCAGAGAGAAAGCUAACUCUUUGGAGAAAAUGAGACAGAGGAUUGAACGAUACAAACAAGAUGUUGAGAGAUACCAUGAGCGCAAGCGCCAUCUAGACCUAAUAGAGAUGCUUGAGAGGAAAAGGCCAUGGGUGGAAUAUGAAAAUGUUCGUCAGCAGCAUGAGGAUGUGAAACAAAGCAGAGACCAAGCCAAGGAAGAGCUGAAGCAUCUGAAAGAAUUGCAGUCCCCAGUAACAAAAAAAAUCCAAGAAACUGAAGAAUAUUUUAAGAGUCUGGAUAUGAAAAUCAGAGAUAAGGCCACUGAAAUCAAAGACACUUCUCAAAAAUGUAAACAGAAGCAAGAUGCUUUGGACAUGAAAGACAAACAAAUUGAAGAAAUACAUCAGGCUUUGAGAAUGAAAAAAGAUGAAGAAAUGGACAGACAGAGGAAAAUACACGAUACUCGCAAGUUGAUAGAAGACUGGAAGAAUGAGCUCAAUACAGUGGCAGUCUCUGAGAAUCUUCAGCCACAAACUGACGCCAUUAAUAACGAGCUGAAAAAACUACAAGAAGAAAGGGCAAAUAUUGAUGGUGAUAUCAGUGAUAUAAGAGCAGAGAAAAUGAACCAAGAGAGGGAAAAGAAAAGAAUAAUUGAUCGCCUUGGACAACUUAAUAAUAUAAUGAAUAUGAAAGAAGAGAAUCUUAAAGGGAGAUUCCGAGACACACACUCUGCUCUUAUGUGGCUAAGAAAGAACAAAGACAAGUUUAAAAAACAAGUUUGUGAACCUAUGAUGCUUGAAAUCAAUAUGAAAGACAAUAGACAUGCUAAGUAUGUUGAAAAUCACAUUUCAGCCAAUGACAUGAGGGCUUUCGUUUUUGAGAGUCAAGAAGAUAUGGAAAUGUUUCUUAUGGAGAUGCGUGAUCAUCAGAAACUAAAAGUGAAUGCUGUAUGUGCACCUGCUGAAUCAUGUGCUGAAAACUUACCUUCGAGACCUAUUGAAGAAUUACACCGAUAUGGAUUUUUCUCAUACUUGCGAGAGUUAUUUGAUGCUCCUCAUCCUGUAAUGAGUUAUCUUUGCUCCCAGUACCGUGUUCAUGAUGUCGCUGUGGGAACAGAGAAGACCAGAAACAUGAUUGAAAGGGUCAUACAAGAAACCAAACUUAGGCAAAUAUACACAGCAGAUGAAAGAUACGUUGUUAAAGUAUCUGCUUAUACAAACCUAGUCCUCUCUACUAAUACAUCCCUGAAGGCAGCACAGUUUCUCAGUAGUUCAGUGGACACAGAUGAAAGAAGACAGUUGGAAAACCAGCAACAGGACAUCAAUAACACAUUAAAGUCAUUGGAUAUGCGUUUGACUACAUUGUUUGAGAGACAGAAAUAUCUGGAACACAGAGACAAUGAGCUCAGGCAACAGAAGAAGGAGCUUGUAGAGAGAGGAAACAGGAGAAGACAGUUGGAAUCGAAAAUCAGUGUGAAGUAUGAUAGUUUAAAACAGCUGGAACAAGAUGCUAUUGACUUAGUGAAGGAAUCUCAACAGGCAAAUAUAAAGAUCAAAGAAAUAAAUAUCCAAAAAGUGAGACUUGUUACUGAAUUAAUGCAUCUCAUAAAGAACUGUGUAUCGCUGAACAUCCUCAAAGCAGAUUUGGUUCUUCAGAGCGCUACAGUGGCUGCUGAGAAGAACAGACUAGAAUCAGAGUAUAAAGCAGCAAGUAUACAACUAAGAGCUGCAGAGCAACGAUUUCGUGAGCUGGAUGAUAGGAAGCGAGUUCUUACAGAAAACUGCAAGGAAUUGCUGAAAAAAGCUCGACAGGUCUGCAAACUGAGUCCAGAUCAACAUCUUCCAAAAGAAUUUCAAACUGCUUUUCAGGCUCUUCCGACCACGUUGGAGGAAAUUGAUGCUGUUCUGAAUGAAGAGAAAACCAGGGCCUCCUGUUUCACAGGCCUGAAUGCUUCAGUUGUUGAAGAAUACAAUAAGCAGACACAAGAAAUACAGCAGUUAACGGAGUAUCUAGAGGAAAAGAAAAAUGAAUUGGAUAACUAUAAGCAAAACAUUUCCCAGGUGAAAGAAAUGUGGCUAAACCCCUUGAAAGAGCUGAUUGAGCAAAUUAAUGAAAAGUUCAGUAACUUUUUUAGUUCUAUGCAGUGUGUUGGUGAAGUUGAUCUUCAUGUGGAAAAUGAGGAGGAAUACGACAAGUAUGGGAUUCGCAUCAGAGUCAAAUUCCACAGUAGCACUGAACUUCAUGAAUUGACUCCUUAUCAUCAGAGUGGAGGUGAGAGAAGUGUUUCCACUAUGUUGUACCUGAUGGCUCUACAGAAACUCAACAGAUGUCCUUUCAGGGUUGUAGAUGAAAUAAAUCAGGGAAUGGAUCCAAUGAAUGAGAGAAGAGUUUUUGAAAUGGUUGUGAAUACUGCUUGUAAAGAAAGCACAUCUCAGUACUUCUUUAUUACACCAAAGCUCCUGCAGAAUCUCACUUACAAUGACAGAAUGACAGUGUUGUUUGUCUACAAUGGACCUUUUAUGUUGGAAGGAAACAAAUGGAACUUAAAGUCUUUCUGUAGACGGCGGCGGCGACUUGGAAGGAUGGAUGAACAGUAAUAGAACUUCUUGGAACACCUGGCUUCCAAGACUUCAGAAAAUUGUGAAAGAUGAGACCUGCAAAGAAUUGGUGAUCAAGAACUUUGAUUCUUAAAACUUGUGUAAAAUUUUAACAGAUUUUAAGUGCAUGAUUUUUUUCAGAUCUUUCAUAGUGGCUUCUUUCUCCAAAGAAACUACUUUUUAUGAAUAGUAGUUUUAAAUAAAAAGGAAAGUUUCUUGUAUUUUGCUAUUUUAUCAGUAAUGUAGCAUCUGAGUACAGUUAUUUUUUCUAGGUUAUAUUGGACUUGUUUUAUGUCUGGGUGCCUGUUUUUUUGUUUGGUUUGUUUUUGGUUUUUUUAAAUUAGAAUCUACUUUUGGUAAAUAGUGUUCCCCCUAACACAGUUAAGGAUGUUCUCCAAACUUUUCCUAUUGAAAUGGAAAUUUUUUGGAUGAAUGAAGAUAAUGCUGUAUAGGAAGAGAAUGGCUUGUAAGUAGCUGUGGAUUGGGUUUUGUUUUGUGAAAAUAUAUCUGAAGUUAAUAUAAAGAAUGUACUAUUUUUAAAGUAAUAUACUUCAUUAUUAUUAUUUAUUAUUUUUGAGAUAAUGAUCCAUUUUGUAUUCCUGGAAGGAUAAGGUCUUUAUUUUUCUAGCAAGAGUCUCUCAGCAAGGAGACUUACAGAGCCAGGUGGAUUUGAAACACUAAGCUAGUUAGCUUGCAGAAGUAAAACUCAGCAAUAUGUAA